UGUUGAGUCAACAAUGAACGAAUCAAAGCAAAGCCCGCCUGGCACACCAGAGAUUAGCUACACCGUCUUCAACGAUGAAAGCCAACUGAAGGCCAUCCAGGGCCUCAUCGAGAAGGAGCUCUCCGAGCCGUACUCCAUCUACACCUAUCGCUACUUUGUCUACAAUUGGCCGCAACUCUGUAUUUUGGCACAACACGAGGAACGUUAUGUGGGCGUGAUUGUCUGCAAAAUAGACCACUUGAGUAAUCCGGAAUUGUGGCAAGGAUACAUCGCAAUGCUGGCCGUGGAUCCUGAGUACCGGAGACAGGGCAUUGGCAGCACACUAGUGGAGAAGGCCAUCGAGAUGAUGAAAGCGGAGCAAGCUGAUGAAAUUGCGCUGGAGACGGAACAAAGCAAUAAGGCAGCCUUGCGACUGUACGAUAGUCUGGGAUUUAUUCGGGAGCAGCGACUGCUGCGGUACUAUAUCAAUGGUGUGGAUGCACUGCGUCUGAAUCUGACGGUGUCUCGGCGCUCAAGCGAUGCGUCGUUAUCCUAAAACUGUUUCUGUUUUCAAUGUUGCAAUGAAGUCUCUUCGAAAAUAAAUUCGUCU